GGAGAGAGGAAGGGAAAAUGAGGUUAAGAGAAGCGAAAGAGGGUAAGAGAAGUUGUGUGCAGAGAGUGUGACUGUGCAUUCUGGACUCCCCAGUCUCCCAGACUGAGGUAGGCUGCUGACAGAGGCUGUGGGAUCCUACCCUAGCCCUUUGACUGAAGAGAGACACUCUGGAUGGUUCAUCUGUCCACCAGUUGUCAUCGGACGCUCCAGCAACGUUUGUUUUUCAUUUAAUGGUUUGUUUGUUCCUGGGACAGAGGACAUACCUGUCUCUAAGAACACAGGGUGAACCACCUACUCUGCGCGUGUCUGGAACUCUGAGCUGUGGUGAACCUCUGUCUGGGGAUCCCUGUGGGGGAUCUGUUUUUACAUUGUCUCUCUGACGUGUGUCCAUGUGCAGUGGAAUGUUAGCCCGUGCGUGUCCCUGGAGGCGCGAGGACGCUGGACCUGUGAACUGUGAAUGACACACACACUGCUUUAGUGGACCACGUCCCCACACCCAAACACACUCAAACUCCUGGACCACUGGUAGCUAGCAGAGCCAUGGAGUGUUCGGCAGUGCAGACAGAGACUCCUGGUAUCCAUGACAACAGUGUAGAGAUGACCCUGGAGGAGAGUCCGGUCCUCAUCUCCUCAUUCUGCACCGAGCUACAGCUAUAUAGCGUGGAUGGAGGAGGGGGGUAUGACAUAGUGAAUAACCAGGUGAUACCAACACCGGGGCCACCACCAAACUACAGUUCACACAUUGCCUCACUUCAACAAAGCUGGGAGAUUAACUACCAGGAAGCAGCCAUCUAUCUACAGGAAGGAGAGAACAAUGAUAAGUUCUUCACACAUCCUCGGAAUCCAAAGGCGCUGGCAGCAUACUUGUUUGCUCACAACCACCUGUUCUACAUGAUGGAGCUGCUAACAGGACUCCUACUGAUGGUGCUCUCUCUCUCUGAGGCUCCCGCUGUACCAUCACUACGCCUGGAUGUUUAUGUCCACGCCACUCUGGAGUUAUUGGCUCUGGUUAUGGUGGCGUUUGAACUCUGCAUGAAGCUGCGCUGGCUCGGCUUCCACACAUUCAUCAGACACAAGAGGACCAUGGUGAAGACGUGUGUGUUGCUGCUCCAGUUUGUGGAGGCCAUAGUGGUUCUGAUCCGGCAGACGUCACACUUGCGUGUGACCAGAGCUCUCAGACCCAUUUUCCUGGUGGACUGCAGAUACUGUGGUGCCGUUCGCAGAAACCUGCGUCAAAUCUUCCAGUCCCUUCCCCCUUUUAUAGAUAUCCUGCUGCUGCUGCUCUUCUUCAUGGUCAUCUUCGCCAUCCUGGGCUUCUGUCUGUUCUCCCCUAACACUUCUGAUCCAUACUUCAACACUCUGGAGAACAGCAUCGUUAGUCUUUUUGUACUACUGACCACCGCAAACUUCCCAGACGUGAUGAUGCCAGCAUACUCGAGGAACCGCUGGUCCUGUGUCUUCUUCAUCGUCUACCUUUCCAUUGAACUCUAUUUCAUCAUGAACCUGCUUCUGGCAGUGGUGUUCGAUACGUUUAACGGUGUUGAGAAGAUGAAGUUUAAAUCUCUGAUGCUCCACAAACGCUCCGCUAUCGACCAUGCCUUCCAACUGCUGGUCAGCAGACAGAGGCCAAUGGGUCUGUCUCUGAAGCAGUUUGAUGGUCUAAUGCGUUUCUACAGACCCCGUAUGUCUGCCAGAGACCGCUUCCUCACAUACAAGGCCCUAAACACUGCAGGAGCACCCAUGCUCAGCCUAGAUGACUUCUAUAAAUUCUAUGAAGUAAUUGGCCUCAAAUGGAAGGCACGGCGGAGCGGGGAACACUGGUUUGAUGAUCUUCCACACACUACUUUUCUUAUCUUCAAAGGCAUCAACCUGCUGGUCAAAUCUAAAGCCUUCCAGUACACCAUGUAUGUGGUGGUGGCCGUCAACGGAGUGUGGAUCCUCGUAGAAACCUACAUGUUGAAUAGUGGAUUCUCCUCGUCCAGAAUAGUCCCCUGGAGCUACAUUGUCUUCCUCACCAUCUAUGGGGUGGAGGUGUUGUUGAAGGUAACAGGCAUGGGACCGUUGGCCUACUUCAGCUCCGGCUGGAACCUGUUUGACUUCUUUGUGACGGUGUUUGCCUUUCUGGGCUUGAUUGCUCUGGCCUUCGACAUGGAGCCCUUCUACUUCAUUGUGGUGCUCAGACCACUGCAGCUACUCAGGUUGUUUAAGAUAAAGCAGAGGUAUCGUAACGUGUUGGACACCAUGUUUGAACUCUUCCCGAGGAUGGCAAGCCUGGGGCUGACAUUGAUCAUCUUCUACUACUCCUUUGCCAUUGUGGGGAUGGAGUUCUUCGCUGAUGUAGUUUACCCUAACUGCUGCAAUACCAGUACAGUAGCAGAUUCAUACAGGCAGAUCAAUGUAACCAUAGGCAAUAGGACGGUGCUGGAUGAGGGUUACUACUAUCUCAACAACUUCGACAACAUUCUCAGCAGCUUUGUGACUCUGUUUGAGCUGACUGUGGUAAACAACUGGUACAUCACCAUGGAAGGAGUGACCUCCAUGACAACUCACUGGAGCCGCCUCUACUUCAUGACCUUCUACAUUGUCACCAUGGUGGUGAUGACCAUCAUCGUUGCCUUCAUCCUGGAUGCGUUUGUGUUCCGUAUGAACUACAGCCGGAAGAACAAAGAACCACUGUUAGAUCCUGAGGAUGAGAACGGUAUAGUGUUUGAGGCAGAGGUGAGUCGUGACGAGGCGUUGGCUACUCUGGAGCUUUAUAAGCAGACGUGCCCUGGACUCUCCUCACUCAACUCUCUACAGGGAGUACUGGUGGCCAUGGACCGCAGCGGGAGCUCGUUUCUGGUGUACCUGGGUCGGAGGUCGCGGACCAAGAGUGACCUCAGCAUGAAGAUGUAUGAGGAAGAGAUCCAGGAGUGGUAUGCUGAGUACUCCAGAGAGAACCUACCCCAGUCAGACCGAAGCCUCGUAGAAAGAGAGCUGGAAAUCCCUCCUCCCUGCCCUGACCCUGAACCUCAACCCAACUCACAAGGACCACUUAGUAUUAACUAACACUCACUCACUGUUUCGCUCUCUCUCUCUUACACACACACACACACACACACACACCUCUUUAACUUGUCAUCAUGUCACAGAGCACUCUGUGAACUUAAUGGUGAUUGUCUUCCACAAUGACAAGACCGAGAACCCCUCAAGUCUCUAUGUCUGUCUCCUUCCCUUCUUCCCCCUCCUCCCAUCCUGAGGAAGUGUACUCUAGCAGCUUGGUCGGACAGUUGUGAUGUGGACAGAUGUGAUGGUGUCACUGAACUAGAGCCUGGAUCCUGGACCUGUUGAGAUGCAGCAGGGAUUUAUGUUGAUAUGAAUCAUGUUCUCUAUCUGAAUGGAUCUGUGUUCAAACAGGUUUAACAGCUUUAUCUAACCCCAACCCUGACAGGACCUUAGUCUGCUGAUGCAUUGACAGUCGAAGCAGAGCAUCGAUUUAGGGGUUAACGGGCAGGGUUUUUAAGGGUCAGAGUUAGGCCCUCUAGCUGUGAGACAGAGCUAAUGUUCAAGGCCAACACCGGAGUACGAGGAGCCACUAGAAUUUGGAAUUUCGCACUGCUCUUCUUCACUGCUCUUCUUCACUGCUCUGACCACAGAGAGGACACACGUCUGGACAGUGAAAGGACACAUACCUGUAGGUGAAUACCAGGCUGCCUGUAGAUACGUACAAACUCACACGAUCCCGCCCCGUCUGCCAGCACUAGGCUAAGCCCCCUCAACAGCCACUAUGCCCACCCCCCUCACCCAACACACACCUCAAACCCCUGCACAUGUCCAGUAACCUACAGCUAUAUCUCCUAGCCAGCGUUUGAACAAACCUAAGAGAAGACUUUACUUUUAUAACUUGUUAUUCUGUAAGUGUAUUAUAAUGUAUUUGGUGUAUUAAAUGAGGAAUCAUUUAAAUACA